AUGUCUUCACAAAACUCCAUCGAGCAAUUACUUAUAAAAACUCCAUUAGACGAAUUAAAAAAGGUCCAAAGCUAUUUACAGAAAACAUGCACACUUUCAGAGGAAGAACUAGCUCUUGAAGAAGCGGAAUUGUUGAAGCAUAUCGAAAGCAUCGAAGAUGCCCAAAACCUCUUGUUGCAGGAUAGUGCAGGCACUUUAACAAACGUUUCUACCGUUUAUGAAAACACGGAGCAAGUUAAGAAAUCGGUGUUCGAGUAUACUGAUCUGCUUCGCAAAUGUGGUGAACAAACAAACGAACAGCUAGUAUAUCUUCGAUCGUUCGUAAAGGAUGUGUUAGAGCAUCGUGACUUGGCAAACAUUAUGCUUGAAAAACAAGUCGACCUUCAAGCUGUGCUUGAAAUUCCUUCUUCAAUGGCUUUCGCGAUUAAUAACAAUCUUUUUUCCGAGGCUAUGGAGUUUCGAGCUUUGGCUGAACGAAUUAUAGAUGCUUUUCCGGAGUCAAGCACCAUUCGUGGGUUAGGAAAACAGGUUACUGCUCUGAACCAGACGCUAGUGGAAACAAUAAUUCGCCAGCUUCAACAACCGCAAAAGCUCUUCCAUCUUAUAAAGCUUGUAAGCCAUUUAAAAACAGCAGCUCAGUUCUCGGAACAGGAAAUAAUGACUUUGUAUAUGCUGAAUGCCCGUCUGCAACUCCAGUCUGCGCUUCAGAACAUUUCAUCUCUAUUAAAUUAUAACAGCCCCGAGGUUUACGUCCGUCGGUACCUUCAAAUUAUCCGAGAGCGAGCUUUCGUACUUUUCUCUAAUUAUCAAUGUCUGUUUCAAUCUGCCGAUAACGACGACGAGGACAUGACUGCUUCUGGUAACAAAACAGUUCCCUCUCAAAAUAAACAAACUCAAGACGAUCUCUCGUUAGCACAGGACCAGGAAGGUGUUCGCUCUCUCGGCAACAAUAUUGUUUCUGUUUUCUGCAUGUACGUCAUAGACGAGUUGAUGUACAUUUUAAAGACGUUUAUGCCUCGUAUUACGGACUCGGCAACGCGGUCAUCUCUCCUUUUACAGCUGUUUUACUGCAAUCAGAGUCUUACAAAGGUCGGUUGCGACAUUACUAGCCAGCUGAAAUCUCUCUUCGGUAAAGAGUGGGCUGAAAUUGUUGCAUAUCAAAGCAGUUCAGAACUGUAA